AUGCUGUCGGACGACAAUGCGACCCCGGAUGAGACUAUGGACACAGAUGUGGAUGUGGAUGUGGAUGUGGGCGAUGCGCAUGCAUCAAGUGGGGAACAAGUUGAACAUCCCAUGCCGAACUCAGGGCAGGUACAAUGUUCGGUUUGCAGCAGUACAUUCCGCCGACCAGAACAUUUGAAGCGCCAUUUGCGAAGUCAUACCAAGGAAAAGCCAUUCGAAUGUGCUCAAUGCGGUCGGCACUUCUCUAGGACAGAUACCCUCCACCGCCACGAGAUCAGCCACCAUAACCCAGGAACCGACGGUGGGAAGGAUCGUACACAUCGGAUUACUGUCAAGACUUUUCGCGCAUGCUUCAGUUGUGCGACGGCCAGAGUGCGAUGCAGUGGUGGUAUACCAUGUGGAAGGUGUGAAGUCCGGACACUCGAGUGCCAGUACCCAACCGAAAGACGUUCAAAAGCAAGAGCCAGAAAUGGAACACGCGGACCGUCUGGAUCAGGAACUCACGAUCCAGAUCCUCAGUCCCCUAUGCGCUCUCGAGCCCAGAGAAACAAGUCAUCUGUUCAGGAACAUGCAACGCCCUAUCAACUCGCUCAAUUCUCGGUGAAUGGCUUGAAUGACCCGCAACCAUCGCCAAAACCCUCGAUCGACACAUUUCAAGACCCAAUGAGCGCCCUUGCAGACAGUACACCACCAGAUGGAAGAGGCUCGACCUCGGGGCCUCCUGACCCCCGUUUAUUUUUACCGCCUUCUAACCCUACAUCGUCUACAGAAUCUUUGCCGAUGUCAGCCUAUCCUCAUGCAGAACAUAUUGGAAAUGCAAAUCCCAAUCUGCCCAAGAUUUUUUCCGUGGAGACGUCAGCUGGUCUCGGCCCUGAAAUAAGGAACCUUCAACCGGGCCUGCCAAAUCCAGAGGUCGAUAUCGAUAUAAACAUGACGGGAGGCAACUCGGAGAUGGGUCUGGAUUUUGAUCCGUCGUUUUUCGAUCAAUCCAUGCUAUCUACAAUCAACUGGCUUCCUAACGAACUCUUCGCCGGACCUACGGUAAGUGACCAGGGCCAAUCCUCUAGGGCCCCUUCGCAAUUCUCUCAACCGGCUUUUCCAGACAACUAUAUUGCUCGUUUGGCAUGGCAACCACCAGUCAUUCAUGCGGAUCAGAUUAGUGCCUCGAUCCUAGAAAACAUCUCACAAACGCCAUCAGGACACAUUUCCCUGGGCACUGACAGAGGGAGUCCACGACGCCGGCAUUCCCGCGUUCCUAGUGAAGCAUCUCCUCAUUCUGAAUCUGUUGACUCAACGAAACGUUCGGCAGAUUAUUACGUCGAUGGUGGUGGUGCCCGGCUUCCAAAAUACAGAAAGAGACAAGCACACUGGUCGAUUUCAUCGACCGACGCGAAUUCUACUCACGAGUCUCUUUAUGAACCCCAUUCACGUCGAUUUGACUUCCCUGGUACACACGAAGUCAGCAUGGAAAAUUUUUCAGAUGAAAUGAUAUACUCUGUUCGACCGAUCGAAUCCACAACCUAUAACGAGAUAUACCGCAAUUUCGUGCUGCUGUGCCGUAACGAGAAUCCCUUUUUCGAAAUGUUCGAGUCUGAUAAUUUUCCGUCUGCAGAGGAUUGCAGUCGGUACCUUGUCUGCUACUUUGAUUCAUUCCAAGCAGUAUAUCCUAUGAUACACCUUUCUUCUUUCAACCCUAAUCAAUGCUAUUGGCUCUUGACCGUAGCCCUUGUGGCAAUUGGCUGCCACAAUUCAAGCACCCCCCCAGCAGAUCAACAUACAACUGCCUUCCAUGAGCUAAUUCGGCGCGCUCUUCACGUUGAGAAAGAAAGAUUCCGACCUGGACAGGACUCCCUUGAUCUGAUUCAAGUCAUUUUGCUCAACUGCAUUGGCCUUAUCCACAGUGGAAGCGAGCGAGCGAAAGCAUCCGCAUUAAGCUCUUUCAAAGAUCUUGUGACUCUCAUGAACCGCGAGAAUUUACUGGCGAUGGCAAAGCCAGGAAUUAUGCAUGGAUCUUCAGAUGAUUUUAUAUGGACGAACUGGAUUCAAGAUGAAGUUCGAAGACGAACCGGUUACUGUAUCUGGCUUCUGGAUUGUACAAUUGCUUAUUACUUUGAUGACCGCCCACUCCUAUCUCUUGAUGAUGGACAAGCUCCAUUACCCGCGCACGAGAAGUUAUGGCACGCUAACUCCGCCGAGACGUGGAAACAGCUUUGGGAAAACCCCGCCAGUGACUUCCAUUCACCAAAUUACUCCCAAGAUUCGUCACGGACCUUGCCCUACACAGUCAACGAAUCUUUGUAUGAUGCUGUGCACAUACUUUACAUUGAAAAGAGGCUGGUGUCUGGGAUUGGAGAAUUUAGUCAUAUUCUUCUUAUACACGCCCUGUAUCACCGCAUGUGGGAAGUGGGAGAUUAUUUCCGCCGACCUCUCUCAUUCUGGAACCCGACUGCCAGAAAACAGUCUCGUGAGACUGCUAUUCCGAUAGGCUCGGUCUGGCUUCCAGGAAUUCCAUCCUAUUCCAAAUGGCGCAACAGUGCCUGUGAUUGCCUUGAUAUUCUCCACUGGACUGCUAACAGUACUAUCGCCAAAGCCGCUGGGCUAGAGCAUCCAACAGUCCUUCAUCUUCAUGCAGCACGCCUUGUCUUACUAGCACCAUUUCGAGAGAUACGCUCGCUCGCUACUUCUCUGGCUUCCAACAAGUUACGAUGGAGUAGGCGAACCCAUGCCAUCGAGUGGCAAUAUAUAUGGCGUUGGAUACGUCACGACCAGUACAAAGCUCGUUUAUCAAUAGUUCACGCCGGAGUGACUAUUUGGCACGUUCGACGAUACUCCACGAAUGCAUUUCAUGAGCCAGCAGCCGUGUUUGUCGCCGUGUUGACACUAUGGGCGUACGGGUCCUGUCACCCUCAUGCACCCAAGGACUCCAGUCCUAAUUCUCAGGGCUCUCGAGUUCCCUCACAGGAACCGAGUUUUAUUCAUCUAGAUCGUCCGUGCGAUGAUGAGUUGGUCCAGCUUUUUGUGCGAGAGGGUCACUCGAUGAGAGGCAAUAUCACAGGCGUAGGAGACAUAUGUGCGCCCGAGGGCCCAGAGCGAGUUCUUCGGAUUGGAUGUGAGACGCUUUCUAGUUUGACAGCAUGGGGUGUCUCUAAGAGAUUCAUUGCAAUUCUAGGCCGCCUGGCUGAUCUGGUGGCACAGAACCCAGAUAGGGAGCAGAACCUCAAUACCGGUGUGGAGACCCGCUGA